UUGAAAUUUAAGAAAAUUCUUAAUUACGUUGAAAUUUUUCAAAUUUUGAUCCAGACAAAGCAUUCGAUUAAAUCACGCGACACCAACCGACGAGUAUACAGCCAUUGGUCAAAUUGGUCCGAAUGGUCUUUGUGCACUAGAACCUGCGGAGGUGGAGUGAGACAACGCAGCAGAAUAUGCUCAAGAAGUUUUGGAAGCUACAACCGACCUUUGCCUCUAAUUUGCCUCGGAGAUACUACUGAAUAUAUUAUUUGUAAUUCUCAGGAUUGUCCUUCCGGAACGGCAGACUUUAGGGAAUUUCAAUGUUCUAUUUACAACAAGCGAAGAAUAUCAGACCAAAUGAUACAAUGGGUACCACAGUAUGGAGGAGAAAAUCCCUGUGAAUUGAGAUGUCAAGCAAAAGAUCGUAGUCUUACCUAUAGUUUCGGUAAAGUGAUAGAUGGAACCCGCUGUUUUCCAGGAGGUGAAGAACUCUGCGUUAAUGGAAGAUGUCUGCCAGUUGGAUGCGAUAAAAAAGUUGGUUCGGAUACAAAUUACGACAAAUGUGGAGUUUGCGGAGGUAAUAACUCCACCUGCAUUCAUUACAAAGACAUUUAUUUGGAACAAUUUCAUCGUAAACCUGGAAGUAAGAAGGAAGGAUACCAAGAAAUUGCAGUCAUUCCAGCUGGAGCUACUCACAUCGAAGUUCACGAUACCAGUAGAAAUUAUCUAGCACUACGAGAUGAAAAAUCUUACAAUUUAAAUGGGAACAUGGCAAUUAAUUGGCCAGGAGAAUAUAGAAUUGCCGGCACAAAUGUUCGCUAUACCAGAUCGUGGGAUCAUAACGAGACUUUAAUGGCCCCCGGUCCUACAAAUAAAGAUAUUCAUCUGAUGAUGCUAUUCAGGGAGAAGAAUCCUGGUGUAUAUUACGAAUAUUGGUUACCAAAGGAAAAACGUGCUUCUCUUCACAAAGUUGAUACUUUUGUGACUACUCGUACACCCAGUACAUAUAAUUCACCUCUCACAAAAUAUCAACAUAUAACAACAAAAAAUCCAUCGGAAAUAUAUAUAAAACGAACGGGAAAUCAUCAUAAAAGUAAUCAUCACAAAAAUAAUCACCACCACCACCAUCAUCAAGCAGAUAAUCAUGGAAACAAAAGAGAACGGAAUCAUCCGAAGCCGAUUCCAGAUGCUGAGAAAAACGAAAUACACAGAAAUAAUGCUUUGAAGUACCCACAUUACUUGACUGAUAACCAGAUAAAUAGAAUGAAUGGAAAAUUUAAACCCACUCCUAAAAAACCCAUUUCUAUAUCGAUAGUAUCGGUUCCUGAGGGGAAAAAUAACCGCACGCGUGUCAUCACUAAUGGAAGGAACUACUACAGUAAUUGUCAACCUUGCAUAAAAUCGAAAGAUUUGGUGAGGCAUUUCUGUACGGAUGAUUUCGUGCUCAAAGUGCAUAUUCUUGGAUAUGAUAUUGUUCAAGGAGAAACACGUUACGAAGCUAAUAUUCUUCAGUCAUACAAGAAUAAGGUGGAUCUAGCACCUCGAGAAUAUAUAUGGACACCGAGCAGAUGUCGAUGUCCCCGCAUGAAAAUUGGACAGGAAUAUUUAAUAAUUGGCAAAUCGGAUUCGAAUUACAGAAAAAACGAAAGUAGGCUUAUUUUAGACGGAAACAGCUUUAGCAGACGUUUCAAUGAUAAAUUCGAGAGAAGAAUAUUAAAAGUGAGGAAAAAUCAACAUAAAAAGUGCAAGAAAUUUUCAUAAUCUAAACAAUAGGCAUUAGUGUAUAUUUUAAACAAUCAAGCACGAAGUUGCUUCAAAGGCAGCUUUGACCACGUCCAUUAAUUAAAAAAAAAAAAAAAAAUGACUGCCAUCGAAGACUAAUCCAUGUGAAGUCUAUAGUAUAUUGUGAACGGCCAAACAAAAUGAAAUUAUAUUUAAACAUUUCGUAUAGCCUGCCUCCAAUCUUUAUUUAUAUCUGACGAAUAUUUUGUUCAAAUGGUUUCAGUCGUAACUGAAUCAAAUUAUUGUGUUCAUGGGUUGAAGCUUUUGCUACCUCCUGAAGAACUGUGCAAAAUAAUACUGUAAUAAUAAUUUUUUUUUUCGAGCUUGUGUCUGUAAAACCGUUUUAUAUUGACUUUAGAAUCGUUUAAAUUUCGCAUAGAUGUAAAUUGAUGAUGAUGAUGAUGAUCGUUUUGUUAUUUCUGUUUUUGAGUUUAAAAAUGUUUAAAACAAAAAUUGUCUGUAACGUGAUUGCCUUAUUUUUUUUCCUUGUCAUUUUGUUGCUCGUGUAAGUUGAAUUUCUUAAUACUAUUGUAUAAAAGAAAAAAAAAUUUCCAUAA